CUCAGUCAUCAACAUUCAUAUAUAUGUUUAUACAUCAAUUAAAAUGAUGCGUGAUCAACAAGUCUCCAAACUUUGUGCAUAAGCCACCUUCAUUCGGACCGAUUAUACUUAUUAAUCUCAGUUACUGCUUAUUAUUACCAAUUCCAGCUACUAAGUGGGAGAUUCAAGUAUGGAAACCCAGUAUGGUUUUGCCAAAACCCGCUGAAUAACAUGGAUGAGCUGCAUCAUGGCAAGAGAUGUUAAAGAACCCGACUUCAAUCCAAAUGAGCUCAUAAUCCACUAUGACGAGGCCUACUUUGAAGGUGUCGAAGACUCGGGGCUGAUCGACCCUGAAACGGACCCAUCAGCAGACGACAAUGACGCGGAACCCAAAAGGACUAUUGCUGGAGAAGGCCCGUCAAGCCGGGUCUCGUCAUCAGCAUCUGUCAUUUCCAGGGUCAGCUCAGCCCGGAGAAGAGUCUUCUCGAAUCGACCUAGUUUCGAAAGAACGUCCCCAACUUCACCGGUGACGAAUUCCGCGUCCGUCAUUCCGGGUCUCGACAACUCCGCCUUGUUCAUUUUCGGUUCUGGAGGCGUGAAUGAGGACACCAAAAGAGGAGACUUCAAUGACUCGGGUUGUGUGUUCCAUGCUGCAGCAGUGGGAGACUACCAGAAAAUAAAGUUCUUUCUGAGCAGAAGUCGACUGGUGCUGGAUGCCUCAGACCUGGGUUACACUGCUGUCCACUUUGCAGCUGCCUACGGGAGAGCGAAAAUUCUAGAAACACUGAUCAAAGCAGGGGCUGAUCCAAAUGCGCUCAACAGGAAAAAUGACGUCACGCCGUUGCAUUUGGCGUCUGCUUAUGGUCAUCCGCAAUGCGUCAGGAUCUUGUUGGACAAUGGAGCUGAUCACAGACUCCUGACAACUAGACUGAUUUCCCCUUUGGAGUUUGCCCUGGAAAGGAAUCACCCCACUUGUGUAAGGAUUUUGACAGACAGAGGAGCAAGUCUGACUUGGAAUUGUGACAGGAUCCUGGGCAGAGCAUUUGACUGUUGGAAAUUUCACCUCAUUCUAGCCAUUAUCAACAGAGAGAAAAAUGUAGUUGACCAUUUGUUGGACAACAAGCUGGUUGACAGUCCAAAUUUCAUCCUCCUGAUGAGACCAUUCUUGCCUGUUCUAAGAGAAUUUGGCUUUGUGCAAGACUCUGGACAGUGGCUCAAGCAAUGGAUUGCACCUUUGCAACUGGCAGUGGUGCAAAACUCUAAACCAAUAGUGAAAAGUUUGCUUGAGCAUGGUAGUGACUUGAAAUCUAAAUCUGCGGAGACUGUGCGAACCCCAUUGCAAUUGGCUGUCACCAGAGGAGACAAUCUCAUGGUUAACCUUUUGCUGAAAUAUGGGGCUGACCCAGGACUCAAGAAUGCACAAGGUCAAACAGCUCUUCAGUUGAUUGCAGGGUCACCUCCUGUGAAGAAGCGGUUCAUGAAAACAAUGUCACUUUUGGAGUAUGGAGCAAAACCAUCCCCAAAAAUCAAGGUAACAUUCAAGCCAAACUUGGAAUCCAAAGUUGACAGACAAGCACUGCUGACUCAAAGGUUACUCAAUGUCUAUCCUACUUUGACAGAACAUUUCAAGCUCCUGGCCAGAGCAAGGAAAUUCUAUGUGGCCAAGCAAAGAUACAGAAGCAACAUGGUGGAAAUUCUCAAGCAGAUUGAUCACGUGUUGGUGCAGAGAAUGGAAUCUGUGAUGAAUAAGCGCAGAAACCAACAGAAUUUGAGCAGCUUGAAGCAUGCUUCUUCAACUAUUGUUCAGGAUUCAUCUCAGUCUUCAGAGUCUUCUUCAGGAGAAAGUGAAGAGGAGGAUGAUGAUGAAACCAUUGGAAACAGUGACCUUAAUCGCAUCAGAGAAAUGCAGCCAAAUGCUGUCAGGACCUUGGUGAGGCGCAAGGCUGACAUCUAUGCAAGAAACAAUGAAUUGUAUUCUCCUUUGGGCAUGGCAGCCCUCUUGGACCUAGUGGCACAUGUUGAAGAGGCAAAUGCCAUCCAAUCCAGAAGACAUGGCAUGGAAUUGAGCAAAGAGACAGUUGUAGCUGUGCUGAACAGGAAGAAACAUGCAACCAACAAACCAACUGUGACAUUUAUUGCAAAUGCUACAAACAUGGACCCCAGGGCAUUUUUCAAAUAUGUCAAUGAAACCUUCCCCAACCUCAAUAACCCUUUGUAUCAUGGGUUCACUCUGCUUCACUACCUAGUCUUCAUCAUUCCCUUCAGAUCAGAUUUUCCAAAGAAGAUUGGGAUUCUUCUGGAACUUGGGGCAAACCCAAAUGUCCAAGAUCUUAGAGGCAACACUCCUCUUCACUAUGCCAUGGAAAGAGAGUGCAUUUUGGUCUUGCUUCACUACAAGGCCAAUUUCAACAUCAGGAACCAGCAAGGAAAGACUCCCAUGGAAACUGCAGCUGGCCAAAGCAACUUCAAAGUCUAUGAAGACUUUCCAAUCACAAACCAACUCAAAACCCUCAAACUCGAACUCAGUCAAAUCCAUUCAAAAACAGAGGACUACAAAAGGGAGAUUGCAGCCAUGAGAAUAAAGCGCAGAAGCAAGUCAUCAGCUUCACCUUCUAUGAUGAUGAUGAGCAAACAUCAACCGAGUAAUAAAUCCAUCAUCAAACAUCACAACAAGGAGUUAUUGAACCCGUCGGGACCCGUGAUAAAACCUGCUGCCGUUAAACUACUUUUGAAUGACCCCAUCAAACUCAGCAUGGAAACGAAAUCGAAACAAAGGUCGAAAUCCCUCGACUUAUUGAAACCCUCCGAAAAAAAGACGCAUCAAACCAAGAAAAACUCAACUGACCACAAUAAUAAUCAUAAAGCCUCUCCAAUCGCGUCUCCCGGAAUAUCCUUGACACUUUUGAAACAAAAUUUCAAAAUCCCGGCCCUCUCUUCGAAUAAAGUCCCAAAGCCGAAACAGGAAGUGAAGAAAUCCUCGGAAGAACCCCCAUCAACAGCACAAAAGAGAUCCGAGGAAGGAAGAGCGAAACCCAUCUUGAAAUCCUCGAAACCCUCAGCAUCCGAACCCGUCAUCGUCGUGGACAGUCCGAAUAAUAAUAACAAGAAACCCAAGAUCUCAGAUACGAAACCCACCGGCAGAAAAGAAGAAUCCGUCAGAUCGAAAUCCUUUGACACGUCAACCCCUUCGAGACUCAAGUCCCUUUUGGAAAGAGUCAGACCCAGGAAAAGCACGGGUUCGGCCAUGUUUCAGCCGAUUCCCUCAAUGACCAAACACACUAGCAAUGACGAUGAUAUGAAGGAAUACGGCUACUACGAAUCCCAUAAUAAUAAGGCAUCGUAUUCGUCUUCGAACGUAGUGAUGCAACCCGCGACUCAUUCCCGGGAUCUCGUGUCUUCUUCGGCCAGGUCUUUCAGUGACGUCAGGUCGAAAUCGCAGGGAUUCAACGCCUUUAGCCUUCAUGACUCGGAUUCUACAAAGUCAAGCAUCUCUGAGAAUUUGACCUCUGAAAUCAGAGAACAAUUGUUGCGGAUUGCCGGCAGGAGAAAGAGGAACAGAUUUGCUUCCAAGAAAAGUGGGACAGCUCUCGAGGUUUAUUUCCUGUCGCUGUCGACGACAACGUCGACGUCGUCGUCGUCGUCGUCGUCGUCGUCGGCGGCGUCGGGAGGGAGGGAGGGAGGGGAGUUUGUUGCGAAUUCGACGUCGUCGAGUUCCAGUGAGGGACGACGAGACUUGGCGCCACAAGGAGGUUUUUUCCCUGGGUGA